AUGUUCCCAAUCACUCGUGCUACCAGAAAAGGUGCCUUUGCACUUUCCCCUCCACAGAACAGGACGUUGUUGCUGGAAGCUUUAGCCGGAGCUGUCCUUGGGGAUCUGGUAUUUGGGAGACAAGCGCAGCUGGCUGACAAGAUGCAUCGUGGAGAGUUACACAACAGGCACGAUGAUUACGAAGAGUUGCAGAAGGAGAGAACGGAACGGCGACUUCGGACAUUGCGGGACACGAGACCGUCCCCACCUAACUACCCAGGCCAUAUCCCCUUACACACCAGCGAGAAGUUGCUCAUGUUCCUCGUCUCGGGGGUGAGGGCUUUCUUCCACCCUGAGAACGGGAUCAAUAUUGUGCAAUUGGGUGAAGCCAGUGCCUUCCCCGUGUUUCUGGAGUCUCUGAAGAAUACAAUGCUUUCCGAUACAACAGGAAGGAGGAUCCUUCGGGACAAGCCAGACGUCAAAGAGGAUAUUUUGAAGAUGGAAACAUUGGAAAAACUGCCCAAAAAUACGUUCGGUUACGUUUUCUACCAGUGGUGCAGACGCCAGAAGGUCACGCCCGAUACGAGGGCGCAAGUACAAUACGUCGACGAUCCGGUGCAUGCGUUUGUGUUUAAGAGGUUCAGACAAUGCCACGAUUUCUACCACGCAUUGAACAACGCGCCGAUUGUUAUUGAGGGUGAAAUCACAAUAAAGGCUCUGGAGGCAGCCAAUAUGGGUGUACCGAUGGCUGCGUUGGGGGCACUCCUGGCACCUCUGCGCUUGAAACCCGUGCAAAGAAAAAGACUGUAUGAGAUAUACUUGCCCUGGGCGGUUCGUUCUGGUUUGUCUUGUAAACCGCUGAUAAACGUGUACUGGGAGGAACAACUGAUGAGAGACGUGGGUGAGCUGCGUGCCGAGCUCGGGAUAUACCCGCCUCCGGAUCUGAGAGCGAUGAGAGAGGCACGCAAGGCAGAGAUCAAAGAAUUAACCGCUAAAUACAACAUACUGGCUACAAAAGGCGUCCUAAGGUAA